AUGAAAAUUAACUAAACAGCUUAUGGAAAAUCAGAAAAAAUAUUUAUAGACCUACCUUUCUUUGAUUUCUAAACCCACCUAGAUGUUUCCAACCUUAGUUCAAAACCGGGGCUCAUCUCAUUUAAUUGGUAUUUGGAAAUUUCAGUUCAGUAUGUCAUUCGUGAGACACCAGUUAGCUAAGGGACAUGAGAAUUACUGGCGCCGUUACCUCCACGAAUUCAUAAAAAAAAAAACAGUUACUUUCGCACCGUUUGACAGUUAAGCCACAUAUGGAUUUAAGUACAGGCCGUCAACGAAUGACCAACUUCCAUUUUUAAAUACAAAAAUGAUUCUAAAUGUGAAUGUUUUAAUUUUUUUAAUACUAGCAUGCUUUUGUGGUGAAUUGUGUGCUGCCAGGGAUCUUUCAAAAUUGUUAUCGAGAAGAAAACGUUAUGUGGCUUUUCCUGAAGGGUCGAGUUUCUCGUGUGCUGGCUGCAUGACAGUUGGUGUGAUCGGCCAGCCUGCGCCAUCAUCAGCCCCUGGUACCUUCACGUGGGGCAUGAACUGGGGCAUAGCAUACGAACUGCCAAACGCGACAGAGUCGAACAAGUUUUACAGGAGAUUUAAGGGCAGAAGGCCUGCCGAGCAGCGGAGGAGCAGACGGGAGCUCUAUCAGAAACUGGAGACUAUUAUGGAUAAUAUGGGCUACAAUGGGCGAGCAUGCAUCCUGAAAACUUUGUGUGAGACCACGCAGCGACUCUUGCCGAAUGGCGAGAAUAUGAUCGAGGAGAUGUUCAGGACUUUGUUUACCUUACCUAUGACGAAGCUAUUAGCUUCUGAGCCAGUAGAACAAGCAACAUACGACGCCGCUCACCGCCUCGGCCAGUUACUGAAGAGCUGUGACCAGUACGACUGCCCAGUAUCUCUCGUGGACUUAGUACAAGGAUAUUAUAAUGCACCCUCACCCAAAUUGGACGUUGGUUUGAAUCCUUGGUCAUUGUUUAGCAGUAACUUUGGAUAA